AUGAGUUCCUGCUUCGUGCCGAACGGGGCCAGCCUGGAGGAUUGCCAUUCCAACCUCUUCUGCCUGGCUGAUCUAACUGGGAUUAAAUGGAAGCGAUAUGUAUGGCAGGGUCCAACAUCUGCCCCAAUUCUCUUUCCGGUCACGGAAGAGGACCCUAUUUUGAGCAGUUUCAGUCGCUGUCUGAAGGCGGAUGUGCUCAGUGUUUGGCGCCGAGACCAGAGACCUGGACGCAGGGAGCUGUGGAUAUUUUGGUGGGGUGAUGACCCCAACUUUGCUGACCUUAUUCAUCAUGAUCUCUCAGAAGAGGAAGAUGGUGUUUGGGAAAAUGGACUUUCAUAUGAAUGUCGCACUCUACUUUUCAAAGCUGUUCACAACCUGCUGGAGAGGUGUUUAAUGAAUCGGAAUUUUGUACGCAUUGGGAAAUGGUUUGUGAAGCCUUAUGAGAAAGAUGAAAAGCCUAUAAACAAAAGCGAGCACUUGUCCUGCUCAUUCACCUUCUUCCUCCAUGGAGACAGCAACGUUUGCACCAGCGUGGAAAUCAGUCAGCACCAGCCUGUGUACCUGCUUAGUGAGGAACACCUCACUCUCGCCCAGCAGUCCAACAGCCCGUUCCAAGUAGAUGCAGGCUGUGCUCUUGAAGACAAAGAAUUGCUGGGGCCUGAGUCUGUCAUUAUUCUAAGUCCCUUUGGAUUAAAUGGCACGCUCACAGGGCAGUCAUUCAAGCUUUCUGAUUCAUCGACAAAAAAGCUUAUUGGUGAAUGGAAACAGUUCUAUCCUGUCACAUCUAACUUGAAGGAGGGAUCUGAGGAAAAACAAGAAGAAAUGGAUUGGGAGGAUGAUUCUUUAGCUGCUGUUGAAGUCCUAGUUGCUGGUGUGCGAAUGGUAUACCCAGCAUGCUUCGUUCUGGUUCCUCAGACAGACAUCCCUGCACCUACUACUGUAGGAGCAUCUCACUGUUCAACUACUUGCUUGGGUGUCCACCAAGUGCCUGCUUCCACAAGAGAUCCUGCCAUGUCUUCAGUAACUCUGACUCCACCAACAUCCCCAGAGGAAGUUCAAACUGUUGAUGCUCAAUCUGCCCAGAAAUGGGUGAAGUUUUCUUCGGUUUCUGAUGGAUUUAUCUCUGACAGUACUAGCCAUCAUGGUGGCAAAAUACCUAGAAAGCUAGCCAAUCAAGUGGUGGACAGAGUUUGGCAAGAAUGCAAUAUGAACAGAGCGCAGAACAAGAGGAAGUAUUCUGCUACAUCAAAUGGCCUGUGUGAUGAGGAGACAGCUGACAAGGUAGCAUCCUGGGAUUUUGUUGAAGCCACGCAGAGGACAAAUUGCAAUUGUUCAAGGCACAAAAAUCUCAAACCAAGAAAUUCAGGUCAACAGGGGCAGGCACCACCUGUGGGCCAACAACAGCAAGCAGCUCCAAAGCACAAGACGAAUGAGAAGCAAGACAAAGGGGAUAAGCCACAGAAACGCCCUUUGACUCCUUUUCAUCAUCGAGUAUCUAUCAGUGAUGAUGUUGCCAUGGAGGCAGAUUCAGCAAGUCAGAGGCUUGUGAUGACUGCAUCAGACAGUCAAGUGAGAUUUUCAAAUAUCCGAACUAAUGAUGUAGCAAAGACUCCUCAAAUGCAUAAUGCUGAAAUGGCAAAUUCACCUCAGCCACCACCGCUUAGUCCUCACCCGUGUGACGUAGUCGAUGAAGGGGUAGCUAAAGCUCCUUCUACUCCUCAGAGUCAACAUUUCUACCAGAUGCCAACACCAGACCCCUUGGUUCCCACAAAAACAAUGGAAGACAGACUCGAUGGCUUGUCUCAGCCUUUUCCAGCUCAAUUUCCUGAAGUUAUAGAGCCUACAAUGUAUGUUGGUACUGCAGUGAAUUUGGAGGAAGAUGAAGCUGAUACUACUUGGAAGUAUUAUAAAGUUCCAAAGAAAAAAGAUGUGGACUUCUUACCACCUCAGCUUCCAAAUGAUAAGUUGAGAGAUGAUCCAGUAAUACCUGCUGGACAGGAAAACAUAACAUCAGUUACAGAAUUAAUGGUGCAAUGUAGGAAGCCUUUAAAGGUUUCAGAUGAACUGGUGCAACAGUAUCAGAGUAAAAACCAAUACCUAGCAGCAGUAGCGACGGAAGUUGACCAGGAACCUGAAAUCGAUCCUUAUGCCUUUGUUGAUGGUGAUGUGGAAUUCUUAUUUCCUGAUAGUAAAAAAGAUAGACAGAACAUUGAGAGGGAAACCGGGAAGAAACACAAGGCCGAGGAUGGGACAUCUAGUGUUACAGUUUUAUCCCAUGAAGGAGAGGAUGCUAUGUCUCUAUUUAGUCCUUCUGUCAAGCAAGAUGCCCAACGGAUUGCUGCUCAUGCUCGCACUGCAUCAACCAGCCUGUUCCAUGAAACAGACCUGGUGGUCUCUUACACUGACCUUGACAAUCUCUUCAAUUCUGAUGAAGAUGAACUAACACCUGGAUCUAAAAGAACAGUGAAUGGCGCUGAUGACAAAUCCAACUGCAAAGAGGCAAAAGCAGGAAAUCUAGACCCACUGUCAUGCAUAAGCACUGCAGAUCUCCAUAAAAUGUAUCCAACUCCACCUUCAUUGGAACAGCAUAUUAUGGGAUUUUCUCCAAUGAACAUGAAUAAUAAGGAAUAUGGCAGUAUGGACACUACACUUGGAGGAACAGUACUUGAAGGGAACAGCUCUAGUGUGGGAGCUCAGUUCAGAAUUGAAGUCGAUGAGGGUUUCUGCAGCCCUAAACCUGCUGAAAUCAAGGAUUAUUCCUAUGUUUAUAAACCUGAGAACUGUCAAGCUUUAGUGGGAUGUUCCAUGUUUGCACCACUGAAGACGCUUCCCAGCCAGUGUCUUCCUCCCAUCAAACUGCCAGAAGAAUGCAUUUAUCGCCAGAGUUGGACAGUGGGAAAGUUGGAUUUACUUCCUCCAGGACCUGCCAUGCCAUUUAUCAAAGAUGGUGAUGGAAGCGCUAUGGAUCAAGAGUAUGGCCCUGCGUACACACCACAGACUCAUACUCCGUUUGGGAUGCCGCCAAGCAGCGCACCUCCCAGUAACAGUGGCGCUGGAAUUCUCCCUUCUCCUUCCACCCCUCGUUUCCCAACUCCUAGAACACCAAGGACUCCUCGGACACCUCGUGGAGCUGGUGGACCUGCAAGUGCACAGGGCUCAGUCAAAUAUGAGAACUCUGAUUUGUACUCGCCAGCUUCCACACCGUCAACGUGUAGACCACUCAAUUCUGUUGAACCUGCAACCGUGCCUUCCAUUCCAGAGGCACACAGUCUUUAUGUGAAUCUCAUCCUCUCCGAGUCUGUGAUGAAUCUCUUCAAAGACUGUAACUUUGACAGCUGCUGCAUAUGCGUUUGCAAUAUGAACAUCAAAGGUGCUGAUGUUGGAGUUUACAUUCCUGAUCCAACACAAGAGGCCCAAUAUAGGUGUACCUGUGGUUUCAGUGCUGUUAUGAAUAGAAAAUUUGGCAACAGUUCUGGGCUGUUUCUUGAAGAUGAAUUGGAUAUAUUAGGACGUAAUACGGAGUGCGGCAAAGAAGCAGAAAAACGCUUUGAAGCUCUCAGAGCCACUUCUGUUGAUCAUGGCAGUGGAGGGCUGAAAGAACCUGAGAAGCUGCCUGAUGAGUUAAUACUGCUGCUGCAGGAUCAGUGCACCAACUUGUUCUCGCCGUUUGGAGCAGCAGAUCAAGAUUCGAUUCCUAAAGUUGGUGCAGUGAGCAACCUGGUACGUGUGGAGGAAAGGGAUUGUUGCAAUGACUGCUACUUAGCCUUGGAACAUGGACGGCAGUUCAUGGACAAUAUGUCAGGAGGGAAAGUUGAUGAAGCACUUGUGAAAACUACUUGCUUACACCACUGGUCAAAAAGAAAUGUUGUGGACGUGAGCAUGCAGUGUUCCCAGGACAUCCUGCGUAUGCUUCUCUCGCUCCAGCCGGUUCUUCAGGAUGCAAUUCAGAAGAAGCGAACGGUGCGGUCGUGGGGUGUGCAAGGCCCCCUCACGUGGCAGCAGUUUCACAAGAUGGCUGGCAGAGGCUCUUAUGGUAAACUGCUGUGGAGGCUCCUUUCUGUUAAUCUCGGCUUGAUCCGGCCACCAAACCUCCAGGUCUCAAUGCUGUUUGGCCUCUUGGAAUUCUAAACAGCAUUUGACCUUUCUUUAAAGAGCUGUCAGAAAGGGGAGAAUUCUCCUCUUCGGAAAAAAACAGAAAAUAUUUAUAAAUAUAA